UAGGAAAAGUCAAAUGUAAAUUUGAGGAAGAAACAGAAGUAGAAGAAGGCCCAAUUAACAAAUUAAUAAAAAUAAGCAAAAAAAAACAACCAAGUGCAUCAAAAUUUGCAGAAAAAGUAUGUGCAAUGGGAGAUACUUAUGAUUCAGAAAAUGACAGGGAAAAAGAAUUUGAAAAUAAACUUAACAAUUUUUUGGGGUAUAAUAUAGAUGGAAAAGAUAGGAAGAAGAGGAAUUGUAAUGAAGAAGUUAGAUUUGAUGCAUUAGUAAAGUUAGAAUACUCAAAAUCAGAAAAGGAUGCCUUGUUGGUAGGAUUUGAAUACAAAAACGAAUCUUCGAAG